AGCAGGUACCGCCCAAGGCGUUCCGGCCCCUUUGCUGCACAGCCAACAACGGUGAUGGCGGGCAGACAGUCUGGUUGGAGCCAGGCAGCUCUUCUCCAGUUUCUUCUUGGCAUGUGCCUAACGGUGAUGCCACCUACCCAGGCCCGGAGUCUGCGCUUUGUUACCUUGCUGUAUCGACAUGGAGAUCGGUCACCAGUGAAGACAUAUCCCAAGGACCCCUAUCAGGAAGAGAAAUGGCCCCAGGGUUUUGGUCAGCUAACCAAGGAGGGGAUGCUGCAGCACUGGGAGCUAGGCCAGGCUCUGAGGCAGCGCUACCAUGGCUUUCUGAACACCACUUACCACCGACAAGAGGUUUAUGUGCGAAGCACUGACUUUGACCGUACUCUCAUGAGUGCUGAGGCCAACCUGGCUGGACUCUUCCCUCCCAAUGAAGUGCAACGUUUCAACCCUAACAUUUCAUGGCAGCCCAUCCCUGUUCACACUGUGCCCAUCACUGAAGACAGGCUGCUAAAGUUUCCGUUGGGUCCAUGUCCCCAUUAUGAGCAGCUGCAGAAUGAGACUCGGCAGACUCCAGAGUAUAAGAAUAUGAGUAUUCAGAAUGCACAAUUUCUGGACAUGGUGGCCAAUGAGACAGGGCUUAUGAACCUGACCCUAGAGACCAUCUGGAAUGUGUAUGACACACUCUUUUGUGAGCAAACACAUGGGCUGCUCCUGCCGCCCUGGGCCUCACCCCAAACCGUGCAACGUCUGAGCCAGCUAAAGGACUUCAGCUUCCUCUUCCUCUUCGGGAUCCACGAGCAAGUACAGAAGGCCCGACUUCAGGGUGGAGUUCUGCUGGCUCAGAUACUGAAGAACCUUACACUCAUGGCGACCACCUCUCAAUUCCCUAAGCUUCUGGUUUACUCUGCGCAUGAUACUACCCUUGUUGCUUUGCAAAUGGCACUGAAUGUCUACAAUGGGAGACAAGCUCCCUACGCUUCCUGCCACAUGUUUGAACUGUAUCAGGAAGAUGAUGGGAAUUUCUCAGUUGAGAUGUACUUUCGGAAUGACAGUAAGAAGGCACCCUGGCCUCUGAUCCUGCCUGGCUGCCCUCACCGCUGCCCACUGCAGGACUUCCUUCGCCUCACAGAGCCUGUCAUACCCAAGGACUGGCAGAAGGAGUGCCAGCUCAUAAGUGACACUGCAGACACAGAGGUGAUUGUGGCCUUGGCUGUCUGUGGCUCCAUCCUCUUCCUUCUAAUAGUGUUGCUCCUCACUGUCCUCUUCCGGAUGCAGGCUCAGCCUCCUGGCUACCACCAUGUUGCAGACAGGGAAGACCAUGCUUGACAACCACUCAGUCCCCUUCCUCUGCUUCCUAGGGGAGGUGAGCUGAUCCUCCCUGAUUACCUAAGCCCAGAUGAAUGAGUGAGGCUCUCCUGGGCUGUGAACCUGUGACUCACCAUCUACACACCUGGUGUUUACCAUGCGCUGUGCUGGACACUGGCUCUCUCCAGAUGGGAUCUGUCUCUCCUAAACUCCCUAAGGACCUGAGAUACAGACUAGGAUUCAGUUUCCACUCAGGACCUGGGAUACAAAAAACAAAACUGAAGCCGGUGCUUGACCUUCCUUGCUCUUUGUCUUCUAGCCCAACCUUUGGAAAAUGGCAUAGAGGACAUUGUCCCUUGGUACUUUUUUUUAGAGGCAAAAACUGCAAAUCACUGGGAGUGUAAAUUGUGGCUGUCAAAGAACUGGGUCAUCCAACAGCGGAGUUUCCCUGUGGCUGAGGCUACUGUUAGUGUCAACCCUUGGCUUGAGCAGGGUCUCGGGCAGGUCUGAAAGAUUAUGUGUACUGUACCUGGAUGAGUGGGAAGACACAGGCAGGAGAGAGACACAUCAUGAAGUGAGUCUCCCGCAUCUGGGCUGGGCUCUUCAGACCUGAACUGGACUUGUUUAGGGCUGCAGGGACUCGGAAGAAAUGAAGGUCUGACUGAGUGCUGGCUCUGUGCCUUUCUUGUCUCCCUCACUCUGACACCCAAGCAGCACUCUUACAGGUUGUGCUAGGUCUGCUCAGAAGCCCAGCUGCUUUGGGUUUUUUAGUUGGUGUACAAAGGAAAUGCUUUUAUUGGCCAUGUAAAGACUGAACAUAAAUUUUAAGAAAUUC